UGAAAAUAAGAAAUGAAGAAAAUAAUAAGACCUUUGGUUGGUUUGAUUAAGAGAUAAUUUUAAUAAGGAGCAUAACGUAAUUAGAUUAAAAUAGAUUAUGAUUAGCUGUACCAUUUGUAGGAACCCAACCAUUUAUGAUAUCAAAACAUAGAAACAUAAUGGCAUUAUAUGAUUUAGUGCCUGAAAUAGGAAGUUAACAUUUCGUAGCAUCUACAGCCACAAUAAUAGGUGAUGUAGAAUUAGCAUCAUAAUGUGUAGUUUGGUAUGGUGCAAUCUUAAGAGGAGAUUUAAAUGGAAUAAGGUAUGAAUAUAUAUAUAUCAAUCAAUCAAUAGAAUUCUCAAUAGAGUUAUAAUAGGAGAAAGAUCAGUCUUACAUACAGCAUCCUCUUUACCAAAUGGUAUGCCAGCAGUAUUAAGUAUUGGAAAUAAUGUAAUGGUACAAAAUGAUUGCACUCUCUAUUCUUGUACUAUUGGAGAGAAUUGUUUUAUUGGAUAUAGAUCAAUAAUACUCGAAGGAGCUAAAUUAGAAGAUGGAGCAGUCUUAGCACCAGGAACUGUUGUACCAGCAGGAAGACUUAUUCCAAGUAAUUAAUUAUGGGCAGGAAAUCCAGCAUAAUAUGUUAGAGAUGUAGAAGAAGUAUACAUAUUUAAUCUUAUUUUAUAUAGAAAGAUUUGAAUUAAUUAUCAUAUAUUAUUGGCAAUUAAUUUUCUAUGGCUAGAGAACAUGAUUAUGAAUAUUUACCAUAUAAUAGUGCUUAUCUACAAAAAGAAAACUCUCCAGAAGAUUCUAAUCCAGAAUUAAUUGCUACAUUUAGAUAAUAUGAAGAUUGGGAAGAAGGAUCAGUCAAAUUAUGAUCAAAAUUUAAUAAAAAUCAUCAAAAACAA